CUUUGCCAAGGGACUUUGCCUCCUGUCUUGUAAAGGAGGGGAUGAAGAAGGAGUCAGAAGCGUGGUACUGAAGAGCCCCAAGGAGACUAUCAAAUGGCAGAUCUCAGGUGGAGGAAAGCACUCUAGCAUACAGAGGACAUGGAAAAAGCUGAGAAGCUGCGGUCAGCUCAGUCCCUUCCUUUUCUGUGCCAUUCUCUAAGAAGCAUCCCAGAGCACGGAGCAGUUCCUCUGAGAAAGUCUGUGUCUGUCUCUGAACUGGUUGCCAGGUACCAGAGCAUCCUGGACUGUGAAAGCAGAAUGUCAAAGAAAGAACAUCCCAAGCUCAUGGAGAGAAGAUAUCUAUCGCAGAGCAAUGGCAAUCCAAUGGGGAAGAAGCAUGCUUUAUCUCAAAGCCAUUGCGGUGAUGUGUCCUGGAGCAAGUCCACGGAGGAUCUUCCCAUCCAUAAGAUCAGUGCCACAACAAGGAAUCUCAAAGGACUCCUGACCACCUUUGACACUCGUAAAGUCAAUCCACAGAGUAACACUUUACCUUUUGCUCCACUCAAGACACCAUCUUACAACGGGAUUUUGAGGAAGAGAGAAGCUGAUGCCAGGAUCCUGACGACAAUCCAACCCCUGAGCAGGGAGACCAAAUCCCACAGAGAGCCAUCGUUCCCUUCCUCUCUUCAGAGCAUACAGAGGAAGGCACAAUGGAGCCCUGCCACCUUCACAUGGAAGAAGUCUGCUGCAGAGGAAGGGAAGAUCUCCCGUGACAGACAGGUGAUCAUCUCCUCAGUGCCGGAUGCAGCCAGUGACUCAGCCACAGGCAGAAGCUAUGAGAGGACGCGGUCAUUUUUAGACGUAUCAGACAGCACUAGGCACAUACUCCAGCAAGGACGAGGGAAGUCCUCUUCGCUCUCCGUGAAGGAGCUGUCGGCUCGCUACCUCUCCCAGGCAGCUGCUGCUGCUGCUCACGGCGGCCCCACACAGCCGAGGACUGUGAAGGACAGCUCCACUCCUUCUUCUGACAGACAGAAAACAAGCAAGCUGGAUGGAAACCUGAAGAGUGUAGACUAA